GAAUAACUGCCAACCAUAGUAAAACAGUUGUAAACAAUAAUAUGUUUUAACUAAUAAAAUAAUAAUAUGUGAAGUGUUAAAUUAUAUUUAAAUUAUUUUCGUAAGCUGACACAGUUGUGGUUAAAAAUUAUUUGAAAUUGGAAGAAAAUACUGCCUGCCUUUAUAUUAUUGUUAGCAAACACCUGAGCUGAGCACGACAGUUAGUGAAAAUGGCUUCGAAGAACAAGUUGAACGAAGAGUAUGGUCGUUCUGAUUCCUAUCGCGUCGCCACUUAUCCGACAUCAAUUGACGACAACAAAACUGCUGAUGGCAGAGCCAAGUCACGUAGAAAAGUGAAGAAGGUCAGAAAACCGGAAGAUCUUGACGACCUUAAGCAAGAGUUAGAUAUAGAUUAUCACAAGAUCUCUCCUGAAGAACUAUAUCAACGAUUCCAAACCCAUCCCGAAAAUGGUCUCAGUCAUGCCAAGGCAAAGGAAAACCUUGAACGGGAUGGCCCCAAUGCUCUCACGCCUCCGAAAACUACACCCGAAUGGGUGAAGUUUUGUAAGAAUCUUUUUGGAGGUUUUUCGUUGCUUUUAUGGAUAGGAGCCGUCCUCUGCUUUAUUGCUUAUUCCAUUCAAGCGAGUACAGUCGAAGAACCGGCUGAUGAUAACCUAUAUCUUGGUAUUGUAUUGGCUGCAGUUGUAAUCGUCACAGGUAUAUUCUCAUAUUACCAAGAGAGUAAAAGCUCCAAGAUUAUGGAAUCUUUUAAGAAUAUGGUGCCGCAAUUCGCGACUGUUAUUCGAGAGGGCGAGAAACUCACCCUACGCGCUGAAGACAUCGUCGUCGGCGAUGUGGUCGAGGUCAAAUUCGGUGAUCGUAUUCCUGCUGAUAUCCGAAUCAUAGAAUCUCGUGGAUUUAAAGUUGAUAAUUCGUCUCUGACCGGCGAAUCUGAACCCCAGAGUCGUAGUUCCGAAUUUACUCACGAGAAUCCGUUGGAAACCAAAAAUCUCGCUUUCUUUUCAACCAACGCAGUGGAAGGUACUGCUAAGGGAGUAGUCAUUAGUUGUGGUGACAAUACUGUUAUGGGAAGAAUUGCCGGUCUCGCAUCUGGUUUAGAUACCGGAGAAACACCCAUUGCUAAGGAAAUUCAUCAUUUCAUUCAUUUGAUCACAGGCGUGGCCGUUUUUCUGGGUGUAACCUUCUUUAUCAUUGCUUUCAUUCUCGGUUAUCAUUGGCUCGAUGCCGUCAUUUUCCUGAUUGGUAUCAUUGUCGCCAAUGUACCCGAAGGUCUUUUGGCCACGGUCACCGUGUGUCUUACACUUACGGCGAAGAGAAUGGCAUCCAAAAAUUGUCUCGUUAAGAAUCUUGAAGCCGUCGAAACUUUAGGUUCUACAAGUACAAUUUGCUCCGACAAGACUGGCACUUUAACUCAGAAUCGUAUGACUGUUGCUCACAUGUGGUUCGAUAACCAAAUCAUAGAGGCCGACACAACUGAAGACCAAUCUGGGGUACAAUACGAUCGUACCAGUCCCGGUUUCAAAGCACUCGCACGCAUUGCAACUUUAUGUAACCGAGCCGAAUUUAAACCAGGCCAGGAUGGAGUCCCGAUAUUGAAACGCGAAGUGAACGGUGAUGCAUCCGAAGCUGCUUUACUUAAAUGUAUGGAACUUGCACUGGGUGACGUAAUGACUAUCAGGCGAAAGAAUAAGAAAGUAUGCGAAAUACCAUUUAAUUCCACUAACAAAUAUCAGGUAUCGAUACAUGAGAACGAAGACCCCAAUGAUCCACGACAUAUUUUGGUUAUGAAGGGUGCCCCAGAGAGAAUACUUGAACGAUGCAACACAAUAUUCAUCGGUGGAAAAGAAAAAGUGUUAGACGAGGAAAUGAAAGAGGCGUUUAAUAAUGCUUAUCUAGAACUAGGAGGAUUGGGCGAACGCGUGUUAGGAUUCUGUGAUUUCCUGUUGCCGACCGAUAAAUAUCCCCUCGGUUACAAAUUCAACUGCGACGACCCUAAUUUUCCAUUGGAAGGACUACGUUUUGUAGGUCUUAUGUCUAUGAUUGAUCCACCUCGUGCUGCUGUACCCGAUGCAGUUGCAAAAUGCAGAAGUGCCGGAAUUAAGGUAAUUAUGGUAACGGGGGAUCAUCCAAUUACGGCAAAAGCCAUAGCUAAGUCUGUGGGUAUUAUAUCAGAAGGAAAUGAAACGGUAGAAGACAUCGCUCAAAGACUAAAUAUUCCGGUUUCGGAGGUGAAUCCCCGGGAAGCUAAAGCGGCCGUCAUUCACGGAACUGAUCUUCGUGAAUUAUCAUCUGACCAACUGGACGAAGUCUUACGGUACCAUACAGAAAUUGUAUUCGCUAGAACUUCACCUCAACAGAAGUUGAUUAUAGUCGAAGGAUGUCAAAGAAUGGGGGCCAUUGUUGCUGUGACAGGCGAUGGUGUAAAUGACUCCCCUGCCCUAAAGAAAGCCGACAUAGGGGUAGCUAUGGGUAUCGCUGGUUCUGAUGUAUCAAAGCAAGCGGCAGACAUGAUUCUGCUUGACGAUAACUUUGCAUCCAUUGUAACGGGAGUAGAAGAGGGUCGACUUAUUUUUGAUAACUUGAAAAAAUCAAUUGCCUACACAUUGACGUCUAACAUACCAGAAAUAUCGCCCUUCUUGGCGUUCAUUCUCUGCGACGUACCCCUACCACUUGGUACAGUCACCAUUCUUUGUAUUGAUCUUGGAACGGACAUGGUGCCUGCAAUUUCUCUGGCCUAUGAGGCUCCCGAGUCGGACAUAAUGAAAAGGCAGCCGCGCGACCCUUACAGGGACAACCUGGUAAACCGCAGGUUAAUUUCUAUGGCUUAUGGUCAAAUCGGUAUGAUUCAAGCAGCUGCUGGGUUCUUUGUUUAUUUCGUUAUUAUGGCUGAAAAUGGAUUUUUGCCAGCUGAACUGUUUGGCAUUCGAAAACAGUGGGAUUCUAAGGCUAUCAACGAUUUAACGGAUUCGUAUGGACAAGAGUGGACUUAUCGUGACAGAAAAACUUUGGAAUACACUUGCCACACCGCCUUUUUCGUAUCAAUUGUCAUCGUGCAGUGGGCCGAUUUGAUCAUUUGUAAAACCCGAAGGAAUUCAAUCAUUCAUCAAGGAAUGCGCAAUUGGGCUUUGAAUUUUGGACUUGUGUUUGAAACUGCCCUUGCCGCUUUCUUAUCUUAUACCCCUGGUAUGGACAAGGGACUUAGGAUGUUUCCACUGAAGUUUGUCUGGUGGCUGCCCGCUCUACCGUUCUCCCUUGCUAUAUUUAUUUACGAUGAAGUACGACGUUUCUAUCUGAGACGCAAUCCCGGAGGAUGGCUCGAACAAGAAACAUACUACUAAGGAAAGAGCAGAACUAGCGAAAAUAAAAUAUAUGAUUAUAAGUUAAAAAACACACAAAACGCGCGUUUCUACCUACGAAAUGAUCGUAUUAGAGGAUUAUUUCGUAAUUACUGUAAUUCAUGUUCAGAUUUCGCUUUUGUCGGUAUAACACUUUUUCGAUACCCCCGAAUGUCGGGUUUGAGAUGUCUGAUUCCUGUUCCAUUUAACCUUAAUCUAAAUCUUAAAAAAAUAAUAACGAAAAAACAAAAGCGAAAUUUGCUUUAAAAACUUUUAUGUUGCAAGAAAACGUAAACUCAUGAGAACGUUUCUUUUUGUAUUUCGCCGCACGUAUUAUAUUAUUAUUAUUAAAUUUCCGUGGCAAAUGAUGGCGUGAAUGGAAAAGCGUAUGCUUUAGUGCACUAUGUGUUUCCCCUACCCUAGUGUUCGUAGUCCUAUCCCUCUUCUCCUCCAAUGCCCAACUGAUCGCUUAUUGCAGUUCAAAUUAAUACAUUCCAGUUGAAAGCAGUUGCCUUACGAUGCGAAUAUGACAGAGUGAGAGCAGUGAGUAAAUGAGAGGGUGUGUAAGCAGGUUCUUGUAUUAUCAUUAUUAUUAAUUAAUAAUUUUUAAUGGUAAAUAAAAUUGCGACGGUGUAUCCUGAACACAACCGGACAGGCAAACAAAAUCGUCAUAUUCAGCGAUAACAAAAUAAA